UGGAUAUAAUCCCCUCUCAUCAUCAUCAACCACAACUCGCCAAAUAGACAACCUACAUAGAGAGACGGCCACCAAAUCCUCCAAAAAAGAUGCACAAAGAAUAUUUCAUCACUAACGAUGGAUGCAAAAUCGCCUUUCAGUCUUCCUUACCACUGAAGGAAGUUGCAGGAGUCGCAGCUGAGAAAUGUGUCCUGCUCAUGCAUGGCUUCAGUGGCUCUAGCGAUUACUUCAUCCGCAACUUUGCAUCUCUGAGCAAAUCCUACUGGGUUGUUGCCCCAGACAUGCGAGGACAUGGAGACUCCAAUCAAACUCGUGGUGGUUAUCACGUUGCUCGCUUGGCAGCUGAUCUUGCAGGUCUUGUUGCUCAUAUACGCAAGACGGCAGCUGUUAGUAUUGUGCCUGUUGGAUGUUCAAUUGGCGCCGCCGUGCUCUGGACUUACACCGAGCUCUUUGGAUGCAACGACUUUGUGGGGCUUGUCUUUGUUGAUCAGGCGCCUCUACAAGACCGCUCAGCAUUCGACAAAUGGGACGAAUUCAAGGCACAUACUGGAUGUUAUGACGAGAAGACCAUGCUCGCAGCACAACACAGCUGGAUCAAUGACUCGAAGAAGGCGCAUAUCGACCUAGUAAUAGGCUGCCUAGGAUAUCGACAUGCCCCGAAGGAGGAAGACGGGAUUUCAGUUGAGCAACAAGCCAAGGAUGAAGCCUUCUUUACAGACAUCAGUGCGAAAUGCGACCAGACAUGGCUAGCACGACUACUGGCAGAUCAUACUCGCUACGAUCACCGAGAAUCCAUCGAAACGAUCACGGUUCCGGUGCUGGUUAUGGCCGGUCGACGAUCAAGCUGCUUUCCACUCGAAGGAAUGCUCGAGAGCGUGAGACGUGUAGAGAAGUCACGGCCAGGGUUAGCAAGGUCAUCGGUAUUUGACUCUGGGCAUUGGCUUUUUUACGAGGAACCAGAGAGGUUCAACAAGGAGAUUGCGGAGUUUGUUAACUCAUGCUAGAUGUCGAUCGAGCCAACAACCAGCAGUUCAAUCAGAGUUAAGAGUUGAAAUGAAGACAUAGGUAGUAGUCACGACCUAAAAUAAAAACGUGCAAUUUAUUAGCUGAUCAAGUACAGUAUAUUGUAAUGAUAUAUUUGGAAAACAAUGCAAAAACGACGGUGAAGCAUGGCAUCACUUGGUUGGUUUUCUCCAAACACUUAAUCUUGUGGUCAGCCUUUAGGCUUUAGAUCAAGCUUGCCAACAGGUGGUUCAGCUUGACGAUCAAUGUUCUGUUCAAGAUCGCACAUUUCGUGACAACAACAUGGCUUUAUUAGAUGCUUGGGCUAACCAAAAAUCGGGAGAAAGCACGACAAGAUGUUUACUUGUUCGAUACAAUGCAAGAUGGAUGACUUGACCAGGACAUCAUUUUAAGGCUGAGAUUAAUGAAUAAUGAUAUCAUUGGCAACACAUGAGACGAAGUGAUCCUUUGCACUAACGUCCG